UUGGCCACCAUAUUUAACCCCCAACUAUAAAACCUUUAUUUUCCUCUCUGUCACUCUUCUCUCUCUCUCUCAAGCUGAAGCUAGGGUUUUUCUCUGCAUUGUACGACCUCAACAAGCUUCGGCUUCAUUUGUACGAUCUUUGAAGAUGUACACUUCCAAGAAGAAGAUUCACAAAGACAAGGAUGUCGAACCAACUGAAUUUGAGGAGACAGUUGCACAGUACCUCUUUGAUUUGGAGAAUACCAACCAGGAACUGAAAAGUGAUCUGAAGGAUCUCUACAUAAAUUCUGCAGUUCAAAUGGAUGUUUCUGGAAAUCGCAAGGCAGUUGUAAUCUAUGUCCCCUAUAGAUUGAGGAAGGCUUUUCGCAAGAUUCAUCUGCGGCUUGUUAGAGAGUUGGAGAAGAAAUUCAGUGGAAAGGAUGUAGUCUUUGUUGCUACCCGAAGGAUUUUGAGGCCACCUAAGAAAGGCUCUGCUGUUCAGCGACCUCGCACCCGUACACUAACUGCUGUCCACGAUGCCAUUCUAGAAGAUAUUGUUCAUCCUGCUGAGAUUGUUGGAAAGCGCAUCAGAUACCGAAUUGAUGGAUCCAAGAUAAUUAAGAUUUUCUUGGACCCGAAAGAAAGGAUCAACACUGAGUACAAAUUGGAGUCAUUAGCUGGAGUUUAUAGGAAGCUUACUGGGAAAGAUGUUGUGUUUGAGUAUCCAAUCACAGAGCCUUGAAGUACCUGCCAUUGAUGAUGUGUUUUGGUGCUGUUGUUUCAUUUGAGUUUUACAAUGCUUUAAAUAGGUCAUCUUAUCUUGAAAAUUUUGACUUGGGAAUUUGAUUUUUGUGCUCAAAGGAAUUAUUGUUUCUUUCCCUUAUUUAAUGUGCUGCUGGUGAGUUGUUCAUUGUAUUAGUUUAAAGAUUUGUUUUCAUUUGGCCGAUGUCAAAAUGGUUAUGAUAUUUUAAUUUAUCUUUCACUUUCAGAGUA